AUGGGCCGGCGCGGCGGGCAGGCACUCGGGAUUCCGCCCUCGGGCGCGCAGGACGGAUUCGCGCUCAGGAUCGCCAAUCUGCUCGUCGGCAACCCGCCGGGAGGCCCGCUCGUGGUGCGCGAGGACCCGGGCGCGGCCGGCCUUGAGAUGACCCUCGGCCGAUUGAAGCUCAGGGCGCUACAGGACCACCUACUGGCGCUCACCGGCGCCGACACGGGCGCGACCCUGGAUGGUGAGCCGGUGCAGUGCUGGUCAUCAUUCGUCUUGCGUGAGGGCCAGACGCUCGCCUGCCGUCUCGCGAUGAGCGGCGCACGGGCCUAUCUCGCGGUCCAUGGCGGGAUCGACGUGCCGCUCUACCGGGGCAGCCGCGCCACCCAUGUCAGCGGCGGCUUCGGCGGGCUGGAGGGUCGGCCGCUCGCGCAAGGCGACCGCCUGCCGGUGGGCGCGGCGAAGGCCCCAGUCAUGGAACUCGCCGGGCGCCGGCUGCGGCCCGAUUUGGUGCCCCGUUACGCGCCGCCCAUGCAGGUGCGCGUCGUGGCCGGGCCGGAGGCACAUCGCUUCACCGAAGAGAGCGUCGAGGCCUUCUACACGACCGCGUGGAAGCUCAACCCGAAGGCGGACCGGACGGGGAUGCGUCUUCAUCGGCCUGAACUCUCCUUCAAGCCGGGGCGGCCACGCUACCUGAACGAGGAUGCCGGCGUAGACCCCUCCAACAUCGUCAUCGACCCCGGCGCGCCGGUCGGCACCGUGCAGAUCCGCCCCUUCGAGGAGGCCCGCUUCGUCCGUGUUUCCCACGAGGACGCGGUGGCGAUCCUCGCCGAACAGGAGUCCCUGAUCGCGGACCCAGACAUUAUCGUCUGA